AUGGCAAGCCAACAGGAUUUGAGCUGCAAGGCUGGGGAGACUGUUGGACAAGCUCAGGUAAAGAAGGAUGAGGUUAUGAGCCAAGCAACAUCCACCCAGGAUGCCCAAUCCGCCGCCCAAACUGCCACCGACCUGAAGGACCAAGCUGCCAGCUUCCUCCAACAGACUGGAGAGCAAGUGAAGAGCAUGGCACAAGGAGCAGCUGAGGCAGUGAAGAACACACUUGGGAUGAAGACUGACACUGAUACCACCACCUCACCCAACGACAAUCCUUCCCCUACAAUUUAAUUUCUUGAAUUAAGUUCAUUUUGUAUAAAUAAUUUAAAGGAAGAGAGUGAUGUAUUGUCCCCUUCCUUUUCCUAAUUAAU